AAAGAAAAAAGCAGGCUAUUGACAUUGUUGACAGUUUUAUAGAAAAUAGAUAUUCCUGGCGUCCAGGAUUUCUUGAAAAUAAAUAAACAUAUUCAACUGUUUUUUAUACAUUAUUUAAAAAAAAAUAAAAAAUAGUACAUUCCAAAAAGCAAGAUAAGAAAAAUAUGUGAUGUUUGUGGCAUAAGUUUGGGCACAUUGCCCUAUAAACUUCACCGUUAUAAAAGAUAAUUUUGUAAUAAGUACACAAGAGGUUAAUGUUCCCUGGUAGUGAAUUUAUAUCAUAUAUGAAGUGACUUAUGGGCAAUGAGACUGCCAGAGAUAUGGAGACUGAAUCAGUAAAAUCGGAAAACAGUUCCAAGUCAAGACGAUCUAGAAGUCAUAGAGAUAGAACUAGCAAUUAUAGACAUCAUUCACACAGAAGCACCAGAAGUAGUAAAUCCAGAAGAAACGAAGACAUGGCUCCUUUUCAAACAGCGGUAACUCUAACUCCUGAUAAUAGAGAUGGACAAGAAAUUAUAGAAGUUCAAAUUCUUCCACAGGACGAUAACUGGGGUGAAAAUACUACAGCAAUUACUGGAAACACUUCAGAACAAUCUGGUUCAGCUGAAGAUGUUUGUAACUGGCCUGGAGAACCAGAUACUGGAUUGGGAUUCGUAUGUCAGAGAUAUAUGGGUACAAGUAUAACUUACAUUUUAUCCAUAGCUGCCUUCUUAAGUCCAAUAGCCAUGGUGGUUUUACCUAAAGUGGGCUUCUUUCCAGAUUUAUCUGCACGCAUAGGUCUUGAUAGUAGUAAAUUACUUUCUUGUGGUGCUGAAUGUAAAGGACUGUUAGUCUCUCUAGCUUUCAAAAUGGCCAUACUAGCCAUUGGUGCAUGGGCUGUUUUCUUAAGAAAACCUCAAGCCACAUUACCAAGAUUCUUUUUAUUCAGAGCUGGAAUUUUAGCUCUGGUUCUGGUGUGUACUUUCGCAUAUUGGUUAUUUUAUAUUGUCCAAGUAACUGAGACAGCUAGGGCAGCUGCAAUUCCAGAAGAAACUGUGGAUUAUAAGGCGCUAGUAGCAUAUGCUUCAAGCUUGACUGAUACUCUCUUGUUUAUACAUUAUCUAGCUAUAGUUUUAGUGGAAAUAAGACAUUUACAACCAACUUAUUGUAUUAAAAUUGUAAGAAGUCCUGAUGGUGCAAGUAACGCAUACGCAAUAGGACAAUUGAGUAUACAAAGAGCAGCAGUGUGGGUUCUUGAAAAAUAUUAUACAGAGUUUCCUAUUUAUAACCCUUAUUUAGAGCGCAUACCAGUUUCGAAAUCGAGAAAGACAUCAUCAAGUUUUAAGUUUUAUGAAGUAGAUGGGGUUAAUCCUAGUCAAAUUCAACAAUCUCAGAGUAGAGCUAUGUUGGCUGCUCAUGCUAGAAGGCGUGAUUCCAGUCAUAACGAAAGGUUUUAUGAAGAGCACGAAUAUGAACGAAGGGUUAAAAAGAGAAGAGCUAGAUUGAUAACAGCAGCAGAAGAAGCCUUCACCCAUAUCAAACGUUUGCACAAUGAUCAGAUAUCUAGUAUUCCUAUGGAUUCGCAUGAGGCUGCUCAAGCAAUAUUUCCAUCAAUGGCUAGAGCUUUACAGAAAUAUCUACGAGUAACUAGGCAGCAACCACGACACUCCGUUGAAAGUAUACUAAAUCAUUUAGCUACUUGUUUAAGUAAUGAUCUCACUCCGAAAGCUUUUCUCGAACCGUAUCUGGUAGCUGAACCAGUUUUACAAAAUGAUAAAGAAAAGAAGGAAGUGCAAACGUGGGCAUUGAUAUGUGAAGAAAUUUUAACGAGACCCAUUAGAGAUGGGGUUGUUUUCCAGUUGAGACAAAAUGACGUCUCGAUAUUGUGCAAUAUCAAAAAAUUACCACAUUUUAAUGUCACCGAGGAGGUGGUGGAUCCAAAGAGCAACAAAUUUGUCCUGAGGUUAAAUUCUGAGACAUCUGUAUGACCAAUAGAGUACUCGAGGUCUUUUGAUAGACUGAUUUGAUUUUUAUGCAUAUCUCAUUUAAUAAUAAUUAUUAGUGGUAAUAAGAAAAUAUAUAUUUUUGUCGAAAACGAUCGAUAUAUAUUUGUGGGUUUUUUUUUCAAUUGAUUAUAAGUGAGAUUGAAGUGCCCUUUUUGAUGUUGAUUUGUUGAAAAUACCUUCGGGCGCCUCCACAAAUAAAAAAUUAUUACCUUUAUCAAAGUUUUAUUAAUCACAUCAUGCAAUCUUGUUUUGACAAUUUUAUGCAUAUUUUGAGAGCAUUAAUUCUAAAUUAUAUUUGUGUUCUUAUAGAAUAUUUUUCUUCCAUUGUCGCACGGUGUCAAAUCUGGUGAGUACGGCGGGUGCUCGGGCACUGGAGUGCGCUUAUUGGCCAAAUACUGCUUCACAUAUAGCGCGUUAUGGGCAGGUGCGUUGUCCUGAUGCAAAGUCCAUGAGUUGUUCUUCCACAACUUGGGCCGUUUUUUACAAACUCGUUCUUGCAGUGUUGCCAAAACUGACAAAUAGUAAGUUUGGUUGACAGUCUGACACUCUGGAACCCAUUCAGUUAUUACGAUACCGUUAAUGUCGAAAAAUACGAUCAAAAUUGCUCUCGGCAGUUAUUUAAUAGCCAGACGUCGUAUAAUAUAAAAUGGCUGGCGCAACUUUUUGGAUAUAUAUUAAUACAGUCCUUUUUUUGAGUGACGCACAAAACAUACCGAAUCCUCACAAUGUUACAAAAAAUCCAAAUACUCAGUGUUAUUAGCAUUAUUUUUAUACGUGUUAUUUUUAAAAAUAUACACCUUUUUACAAUUUUUAACGAAUUUAUUUAUUUUUUAUAAAUGUAGCGCUCAAAUUUCGAUAUUGUUCAUUUAGAAUAAAUUCAAUCGCCUUGUAUUUAUAGCUAGUAUUGAUAUUAUUUUGUAAUAAUUGAAGAUAAUAUUACCGAAAACUAUUAAAAAUAAUUCACCCUGUGUAAUAAAGUUCCUUCUUUUUUACUACAUUUUUUUAUGUAUCCAAACAUUGUAGGUACUUAAUAGAUACAUAUAUAUUUUAUACGAUCAAACAUGAUUCAAUAAUCUGAAUAAUUAUGGAGAAUUUACUGGUUUCUAUUGUCUGAAUGUAAUAAAAGGUUCGUUCUAACCCAUCGAAGAACCGUCAUUGGUACGGUGACGAUUCUGCGCAAAUGCUUAAUGAAGACUAAUUAUGAACAGUGGGGUUGUAGUCCGUCACCUUGUCUCACCCCUUUUUCGAUCUUGAAUGGGUCAUUAAGUUGAAUCUUCCAUUAUCAAGGUCAUCAUAUUUUACUCAAAA